AUGCCUCCCAAACAGUAACAUCUUAAAACAUAAUCAUCAGAAAUAUCAAAUUAGGCCCUUAUGAAUUAUCUAUCUAAUCGAGAAGCAUUGCAUGCAAGAAUGUCUAAUUCACCAACAUUCUAGAUAGACUAUAAAGUAUAAUUUUAUGUUCACCUAAGAGCAAAUAAAUUGGUCCUUACUAAUCCACCAUGUUUAAAUCGAAUGCUUCAUAGCCUACUCUCAAAAUCACUUAAUAAUAGUACAUAUGGCUAUAGACGUAGAUAAACCUUACGAAAAAUAUAACAAUCAGAUUUACUAAAAUCGAAAGGAUUCAUGUCUCCAAAGAUUACUAGUCAGGAAAGAGUGAAUUAAAAGACAUAAACAAAAUCUCGUGGCAAUCAUAUGAAAACCCAACCUCAUUCCAAUCAAAAUUCCUAAACUAAAAUGAAAUCCAUGGAAAGUGUAUAAGACGACUGUAAAUUUAGUUAUCCUAAACUUAGCUCCAAAACAAUUAUUUAAAAGUCAAUAAUACUCAACAUUAGCCAAAGCAGAACAACUCUUUAAGUAGCAGACAUCUGAAUCAAAAUAGAAACAAUCAUCUGAUAUGUUAGCUAGAUUAAAUUUCUAAAAGUCUUUGAUAGUAUCAAGUGCCAAACAUUAAAAUACACAGUUUUUAGGAACAUAAAUAUAUUAACUUUAAAAUCAUCAGAAAUCAAAUAGUGCGUAAUUUAUAGAGACUCAAAAAUUACCUACUCAAACAUCAUCAUAACCUUUAAUUCAAUUACAAACUGAAAAAAAUAAAACCAUUACUACUAGGUACAAAUUUAUAUUGUAUAUAGAAAAUGUUAAUAAGAUUUCAUUCAAAUUAUAUUAUAAUUUAAAAGCUUGAAAUAGAAAAUGACUAUUGAUAUCUCGACUAACAAAAUAUAACAUUUAUUAGAAUUAAUCAAAUAAGAACUCAAUAAAAAACUCACUGACUAUGAUUCUCUUUCAAUAAUUGGAAUUAAAACUUACAAUAUAUCUAUACCUAUUGAUUAUAUACUUUCUUCAAUUGAUAGACCUUUGUCUUUACUUUCCAAUUGUCCUAAUCAACCUUUAAUCAUAGAACCUAUAUUAUAAACAGAAUAAGAAAAUAAAUAAUCAAAAGUUUGUUUAAAAGAUUUUGAAUUUAUCAGAUGUAUUGGUAUGGGUGGAUUUUCUAAAGUAUAUAUGGUUAGGGAGAAGAGAACAGGAAUAUUUUAUGCAAUGAAAUUAAUAGAAAAAAGUUCUAUAAUAUCAUAGAACAAAUAAAUUAUCAUAUAAAAUGAAAGAGAUUUAAUGUGUAAUUUAAAUCAUCCAUUUAUUGUAAAAAUUUAAUAUGCUUUUGAAUCAAGAAAAUAUUUGGUAUUUGUGUUAGAAUAUUGUUCUGGAGGAGAAUUGUUUUUCUUGUUAAGAAAAGUAAUCACUUCUUUAAAUUUAAUAGGUGAAGAGGAUGAGUGAAGAAUAAGCAUUUUUUUAUUUUGCAGAAAUAUGUUUGGGUAUGAAACACUUACAUGAUAGAAAUAUUAUUUAUAGAGAUAUAAAACCUGAAAAUAUUUUAAUUGAUUUUGAUGGUCAUGUAAGAAUUGCAGAUUUUGGACUCUCAAAAUAAUUAGAUUAAGAUAUUGCCUUUUCAUUUUGUGGAUCUCCAGAAUAUAUGGCACCUGAAAUGUUAUUAAAAUAGGGACAUAAUCUACAAUUAGAUUUAUAUUGUCUAGGAGCUUUGCUUUAUGAAUUAAUAACAGGAUUACCUCCUUUCUAUUCAAGGAAUACUGAAGAAAUCUACUAGAGAAUAUUAAAUCAAAAAUUGAGUUAUCCACCAUAAUUAUAGAUGUCUUCACUUCUAAAAGAUUUAUUGAAUGGAUUAUUAGCUAAAAAUCCUAAGAAUAGAAUCGAUAAGAUAGAAACUCUAUUGAGACACCCUUGGAUGACAUAAUGGGGAGAUAAAAAUUUAUAUAAAGAACUAUUAUCAAAAAGGAUAGAUCCUCCUUUGAAACCAGAUUGUUUCUCAUUCAAUUUUGAUGAAGAAGAAUUUGGUUAAGGGGAGGCUGAAUUUUUAUAGUAGAUUAGACCUCUCCAAUAGAACAUAAUGGAGAAUUUCCCCAAAGAAACAAUACUAAAAAAUUUCUAUUACAAUCCUAAAGAAACAAACUGUGCAGAAAGCACAAGAGGUACUAAUUUAAGUACCAAAUUAUUAGAGGAAUAAUCAGGAACUUAGAGAUAAAAAACAAAAAGAUUCAAUACAUAUGACGAUGAUAUAUCGAAUUAUGUAAACGAAUAAAAAAUUUUCCUAUUAAAUUAAUUAAGAUUAUAAACUGAGAAUGAAUAAAAGAGGAAAUCUGCAUGA